AUGGCAACCUACUUCCUGACAGGUGCCAACCGCGGCAUCGGCCUAGAAUUCGUACGCCAACUCGCCGCAAAACCAUCCAACACCAUCAUCGCAGGCGUCCGCUCCAAAUCAGGCGACACUUCGGAACUCGAAAGCCUGAACAGCAACUCAAACAUCCACAUUAUCGAGUGCGAUGUCAGCUCCCUCGACUCCCUUGCCAGCAUCGAAUUCCGUGUUGCAGAGAUCCUCACCAAAACCGGUGCUAGCCUGGAUUUCCUCUUCAACGUCGCUGGGAUCAAUGCAACGAGCGCUGAUACAAGCCUGACGCUCGAUCCGAAGAGUUUGAACGAGCAUAUGCAGACAAAUGUCCUUGGUCCGGCCAAGAUUGUCGAAAGUCUGAGGAAGUAUUUAGCGAGGGGCGCGACGGUGCUGAAUAUGAGUUCGGGACUUGGUAGCUUGACUGUUGCGACAGAUGUGACAAAGUGCUGUACUUAUAGCAUGAGUAAGGCAGCUUUGAACAUGUUGACAUUACAUCAAGCGAAGGAUUUGAAGGCGAAUGGGGUCAAGGUUAUCUGUAUGGAUCCUGGUUGGGUGAAGACGAGGAUGGGUGGAAAGGGUGCGAUGAUCGAGGCUAAAGUUAGUGUGGAGAGUAUGUUGGAUGUGGUGGCUGGGCUUAAGGAGACUGAUAGUGGGAAGUUUUAUCGGUACGAUGGUGCACCAGUACCGUGGUAG